CUCCGUUCCCGGCACCAGUCGAUCACGCAUCAAUCCAGAUAACCUCGAGGCGUUGGCUUUAAAACUGAAAACAAUUCAGGUCGUAAUACUAAAUCGACCUCGAGUUCCAACUAUAAAGCGGACUAGGUUCCAAAAGAAGUCAUCACAGUUCAAUUCGACAAGUCUCAUCGAAUUAUCAAGAAUCUUCUCGCUCGAAAAUGAAUUCAACUUUGGUUUCUUUCACUCUGCUGCUAUUGGUGUGCUUCAUUCAAAUGGCUAGUUUUCGUCCGAUUGUAGAGCCGCAUCAAAAGUUUGCGCCAUCGACAGCCGAUGCCGGAUUCAACCCGAAUCAGCGCUCUGAAGCGGAUGACUUCAUCCGGUCAAACGGAGUAACUGGCGAAGAGAUUCAAGAGUACAACCGUCUAAGCGGAUUCAACCCUCCGGCUGGUUCUCCAAUGGGAGAUGAGCGCUCUUUAGAUUUGAUGGACACCUUCAAGUUCUGGAACUGGAACAUGUACGAUAACUUCCGUCAAUGGAUCACUGGCCGUCGCCACACCACUACGACCUAUCGCCCUGUAGUUGUUAUUAAUCAAUUUGAUCGCCCUAGUUACACUAACGCUAAUGUUAUUCCGAACCGACACUAAAUCUGGCUGGCCAGUAUGUGUUCUUGAGGUUUAAGUUGUGUUCGCUGUUUUUUUGUUGUUGUUCAAUACAAACAUUGUACAUU